AUGAAGCUUCUCACUCAUAACUUUGUCUCUUCGCGAUUUUUAAAGGAGGUUAAAAAUGGCUAUCCGCUUAAAUUGGUCGCCAAAACUGUGAAAACUAAUGAAGUGGAGAUGAAUGAAGAUUUCAUUGUCAAUAUCAUUCAAAAGUGCGAUUACACUGCCCUUCUAUCAGCGUUGAAGGAUUUGAACGAGGAAGUGAGCCUACCGGAAAUUUUGCCGGAAGAUGUUGAAAACCAUCCAGAGAUUUUGAAAGAGCUUCAUCGUGUGCUCUUCUGCAUUGACAUCGUCGAGGGCGAGCUCGUCUGCCCGGAAACUGGCCGCUCGUUUCCAAUUCGUCAAGGAAUUCCGAAUUUGCUUGCCGAGGAUGCCGAGACCGAACCACUAUUUUGUACGAGUUACAUAAGAUGUAUGGAGGAAUUAGAGAUAAAGCAGCACGAAUGUCUGGAAUUUGACAAAUCGAUAAGGCCGCUCGAAUCACACAAAUGCGCAAUUCAAAAAUGGGAGAAGAAACUUGAGCUGACAACUCUGCACAUGAGGCGAACGGAAUUGGCUCGCGAUUGCGCUCAGAAAUCAAUGAUUGACGCCGGCAUCGCCGAAUCGACAAUUAGCGAAACUGAGCGCCAACAGUGCAUGACGACGCGCGAGGUUCUCGAAGCGACGCUCAAUUCGAAACAGAAUCGCAUGGAAAAUUGUCGCGUCGAGACCAGGGACCUUCAUUCGGUGUGCUCAUCUCUUGCCAAAUGCUGCCCAUUAGCUCAGGAUUGCAAACAAUCGACAAAGGAAAUAAUGGAACAAAUCUACACUGGUCGCCAACAACUUAAUGCUCUUCACGACAAAUGCCUUGAUUAG